CCGAGUUUGGGUAUCACACUUUGAUUGACACCCGAAAAGACAUGGUCGUGGGUGAGAUGGCGAGUGUGGGUCUGGAAGCUGUCUGCCUCACACAUCCAGUUGUUGAACUCUACAUAAAGACCUUGGAUACGGUGCUGUCAAAUUGUGAUCAAUAAAGGUAUCUUCGCUAUGAGGGUAUGGGUGUCAUGCACCUGAGAUCGAGCAAUGGAGCGCUACUUCUCUCACGAUCCUUUUGCCUCGCCAGAGCACACCCAUACGACACGCGCAGAGGUAUCCUGCCUUAAAGUGGUCAACUACACGGACUCGAGACGCAAUAAUGUGGAAGAAUGUUCUCUGCCUGAGGAUGAAGGGAUCUUGAAUUUCGUGAAUGGCCAAGGUCAGUUUGCGCCAAAAGAGGUGCCAGAUGGCGUCACUAUCAAGGGUCAAGUCCGUUGUCUGAUACUAUACGAACCUAAAUUGUCCAUCGCGAAACUCACGUACAAAGUUCAAGACGUAUGGUUUUUACCGCCAAAUACCUACCAAGUCAUAAUGGAAAACCUCAGAUUGCCAUUGCUUUCUUUGGAUAUUGACAGAACAAUUGGCUCAUUCUUCGACUUGGAAUUUGCAGAGGAAAACAAUGAGUCCCUUAUGCGUCUUGUAUUCCGACAUCAGUUUCAACGAACAGAUAUGCAGUUGCGAGAUUUCUCUGGUUCUGCUUACUCGCACUGCUACGAGGACAAGAUUGAGCUUUUCCUUACCUACGCAUUUAGUAGCAACGAGACGACAGCACUUUUUCGCUUGAAUGCGGGGUUUGGAAGAUACAUGCGCAAGGACAUGAGUAAAUGCUUCGACGAAAUCAGCAAAGUCACUUGCAAGGUUGGUCACCCGCUGACUCUACCUUACAUCAUGAUUCGCAAUGUUAGACUUCGAUUGAACCAAAGGCACCUCGAGGCUGCAUGGAUGGCUGAACAAAUGGAACUCUUCCUCGCGUGUAACACGGAUGAAGUCAAUAAUAAUAUCAGGAAGAUAUAUACAAACACGUCGGAUUCAUGGAACUUUCGGCGUAUUGGGAGGCACUGGGCGGACAAUCGCCGAAGUAUGAUAUCAGUUUUGAGCUCUGCGGCAGCACUAUGUGAGGCCAUCGAUGAACUUCGAGAAGCAAUGGCUUCUUUCUGGUCGAGACUCUCUGAUGAAGAAAAGUCAUCGGAGAUGACUGCCAUUCACAGCCAAUUAGCCAGGGGUUUGAAGGAAGAGCGGGCUCAGUUAGACAGCAUUGCGGGUUUUACUCGUCAGUUGGAGCAGCGCAUGCAUGCUUUGGAAAGCUCAAUCCAUAUCAUGGCCUUGGAGCACUCUCAGAGAAACAGCCAGUUGAACAUGGCUACCGCGCAAUGGCAAAUUGACCUCAGCACAACGACUACUAGAGAUGCCAAAACAAUGAAGGGCCUGGCAUUCAUGGGCGCCCUAUUCCUUCCUGGGACCUUUAUGUCGGCGAUUUUCAGCAUGCCUUUCUUUGAGUUUAAGAUUGAUAAGCUAUGGGUCUACUUCGCUGCAGCCGUCCCACUUACCACUCUCACCAUUACCUUUGGGUGAUGUAUGAAAAAUUGCAACAGCGCAAGACACGCGCUGAUCAUGAGGUCAUGAAGGAAGUCAUCGGAAGGCUACAAUAUAACGUACCUGUAGACACAGCAUUCAGGAAGGAGACUGACCGGACCACCCACUGGAGAGGAGAGGUACCUAUUAGUCCAUAAGUAGGGUCCGAGACCUACGGUAACAUAGGCAAAUGGGAGACCUAUCUGAUGAAGGCUCUUGCUACGGGGAAAAUAACCUACAGAGGCUAGACCUCGGCGUCUAUCUUCGUCUCGUGUGGCCUAUGGUAGCAGGAUUUGUAAUUAUGUUUUCCUAGGUAGCUAAUCAGCUUCUCUAAUAACGUCCGUACAGAAGAAGCUAAGCAGA